AUGUCUCUACUCACCAAUUAUGAGGGGCUUCGGCAUCAGAUCGAGAGGCUGGUGCGGGAAAACGAGGAACUGAAGAAGCUGGUGUGGCUCAUUCGGGAGAAUCACGAGCUCAAGUCGGCGAUCAAGAUGCAGGCGGGUGGCCUGGGCAUCAGCGGGUUCAGCAGCAGGCUGGGCGAGGCAGCGACCGGCCCUCCUCAACACCAGGGUAACUGUGUCUUCCUGCCCCCGUCCCCGGCAGCAGCAAACGAACCCAUCCUGGAAGAAGUGGGGAUUGUGGCUCUGGCGCCCCUGGCCGACGUGCUAAACAGCCCGCAGCCCAGCCCCGCGGCAGGCCCCGUCGUGAGCGCCCUGAUGGGCCCUCUCAACACGCUGCUGCCCGGCCCGGGGCCCACCUCACAGAGCGGCCCACUCACCAGCCUCCUGACUGGCCCCCCGAGCAGCCACAUGGCCAGCCCCGUGGCAGUGCCCCUGGCGGGCACACCGGCCAGCUCCCUGGGCCUGCCCUCCACUGGCCCCCUGAAUCCAAGCAGCCACCUGGCCAGCCCCGUGGCCCUGGCUCCAAGUAGCCCCCUUACGGCCCCUAUAACAGGCUCGGUGGUCCUCUCUCUGAGCAGCCCCCUGCUCCCCUCCACGGCUGCUCCCCUAGGUGUCUCUCAGAACCUUCCGGCCAAUCCCAUGAGCAAUCUGGUGCUGUCGGAGGCCCCAAGGGUGUGGCUGGCAGAGCCGCUCCAAGGAUGCCCCUCUGGAUCCCAUCCCUCAGCGGGUGGGGGACCUGCUGCCACCGCCGAAGUCCCACCCUCCGCUGAGCACCCCCAGCCCGCCCAGGAGCCGGAGCCCCUCAGCAUGACAUCUGUGGGUGCGCCCAUCCAGACCUCCACGCCCGUCGGUCCCACGGGCACACCCGGCCCCGCGACAGCCUUCUCCUAUGGCACCCCAGACGCCCGGACACAGCCUGGUGGCCCCCAGGGACAAGCGGUCUCUGCCUCUGUCCCUGCCUCGGCCACCUCCCACAGCAUCACCGUCCUCGCCUCUGCCCCCACUCCCACCCCCCAAGCUGCCACCAGCUACAGGCCCUCAAGCACCCCGCACCCCUCCGCCCGCACGCACCGCUCCCCGACCCGGCCCUCGCCGACCCUCCACUGCCCUGCACACAACCCCCACUCCCCGCCUCGAGUCUCAUCGUCCCCGGCUUCAGUCAACGACACCCGGGCUCCACGCGUGGCAGAGCCGUUUCGGAAAGGCAUCCUGGAGUUGGAGCGGAAGCUAGGCCCCCGGAAGAGCGGCAAGCUCCCUGACAGCUCCCGAGAGCCGAAGCAGCUGGCCUGGGAGAGGCUGGUGGGGGAGAUCGCCUUCCAGCUGGACCGCAGGAUCCUGUCCAGCAUCUUCCCUGAGCGUGUCCGGCUCUACGGCUUCACGGUCUCCAACAUUCCGGAGAAGAUCAUCCAGGCCUCCCUGAAGCCCAGCGACCACAAGCUGGACGAGGAGCUGUGCCAGACCCUCACACAGCGCUACACGAGCAUCAUGAACCGGCUGCAGAGCCUGGGCUACAACGGGCGGGUGCACCCGGCACUGACCGAGCAGCUGGUGAACGCCUACGGCAUCCUGCGGGAGCGGCCCGAGCUGGCUGCGUCCGAGGGCGGCUCCUACACCGUGGAUUUCCUGCAGCGUGUGCUGGUGGAGACCGUGCACCCCAGCAUGCUCACUGACGCACUGCUGCUGCUCUCCUGCCUCAGCCAGCUGGCGCACGACGACGGCAAGCCCAUGUUCAUCUGGUGA